UGUCGGGGCGGGCGGGGCCGAGCGGCUCUAAAGUUAAGGAAGGUCUCCACCCCGCGGAGACACCCGGAGGCGGGGCGCGGCCUCGCGCUGCCAUUGGCUGCCCACGCGCUAGCGCCCUCGCCGAUUGGCUAGCGCGGUUUUAGAGGGAGCCCGGCUCUCCAAUUAAAGCCGCACGGAGAGCCUGGCUGCGCUCAGAGCUCCCCGCGGAGCGCGCGAACUUGUCCAUUCAGCCUCCGGCAGCCCUGCAGCGCGCCCUCGCGCCUCAGCUGGACUAGCCAGGCAUCGGUUCUCCGCAGAGGAAGAUGGCAAAGGUGGCGAAGGACCUCAACCCACGCGUGCAAAAGAUGUCCCUGGGCCAGCAGCAGUCAGCAAGAAGUGUGGCUUGCUUGAGAUGCAAGGGAACCUGUUCAGGCUUCGAGCCACAUUCAUGGAGGAAAAUAUGCAAGUCAUGCAAAUGCAGCCAGGAAGACCACUGCCUAACCUCUGACCUUGAAGAUGAUCGGAAAAUUGGCCGCUUGCUGAUGGAUUCCAAGUAUUCUACCCUCACUGCCCGGGUGAAAGGUGGGGAUGGCAUCCGCAUUUACAAGAGGAACCGAAUGAUCAUGACAAACCCCAUUGCCACCGGGAAAGACCCCACCUUUGAUACCAUCACCUAUGAGUGGGCCCCCCCUGGAGUCACCCAGAAACUGGUGCCGAUCCACACAGAUGCUCAGGGCUGGCACAGAGCUAUGACUGUGAAGAUCAUUAAGUGGCUGGCUGGCUGGACUGCUGCUCCAGGAGCUCUAACUCAGUGUUUAUAUAAAAAGGGCCUGCAGUACAUGGAGCUCAUCCCCAAGGAGCGGCAGCCAGUGACUGGAACCGAGGGAGCCUACUACCGCCGCCACCAGCUCAUGCACCAGCUCCCCAUCUACGACCAGGACCCCUCCCGCUGCCGUGGACUCUUGGAGAAUGAGCUGAAAGCGAUGGAAGAAUUUGUCAAGCAAUAUAAGAGCGAGGCCCUGGGAGUGGGCGAAGUGGCCCUGCCAGGACAGGGUGGCUUGCCCAAGGAGGAGGGGAAGAACCAGGACAAGCCAGAGGGUGCAGCGACCACAGCACCCACCACCAAUGGCAGCCUCGGUGACCCAGCCAAGGAAGUGGAAUACGUCUGUGAGCUGUGCAAAAGUGUGGCCCCCAGCGACAGCCCCGUGGUCUAUGCAGACAGGGCUGGCUACAGCAAGCAGUGGCACCCGGCCUGCUUUGUGUGUGCACGGUGCUCCGAGCCGCUGGUGGAUCUCAUCUACUUCUGGAAGGAUGGUGCGCCCUGGUGUGGCCGCCACUACUGCGAGAGCCUGCGGCCCCGGUGCUCUGGCUGCGAUGAGAUCAUAUUCUCAGAGGACUACCAGCGUGUGGAAGACCUGGCCUGGCACCGGAAGCACUUUGUCUGUGAAGGUUGUGAGCAGUUGCUGAGCGGCCGGGCCUACAUUGUCAGCAAGGGUCAGCUUCUGUGUCCCACUUGCAGCAAGACUAAGCACUCCUGAGUGACUCCCACUGCAGGGUCCACCAGACACCACCAAGAAGCUGCGGCCAUCCCAAGGAGUGGAUGCCACCACCAGCAAGAAACAUCACAUGUUUUUUCCAGUGGGAAUGUAUAUAUUCUAGGUUGAGUGGUGGUAGAUCUUUGAGGGUUGAUAGUUGUAAAACAAGAAAUGUUCCAAGAAGUCUUAGGAUGAAUUUCUUUUUUUGCUGUUUUUUCCUAACUACAACCAACUCAAGACACAAACAGCAUCCUGCCAGGAAGCAGUAGGGAGAAUUCCCCAGAAUACAAUCCUGAGUGACCAGUCUCAUAGCCAUAGGAUGUGCGAGCUUUGUUGUAGAUAUGGGAACUUUCCAGGAACAGGCUUGGACCCCAACUGUCACUUGUUGCCUCUUUUUCUCAAGUGGAAAUUAAAUUUUAAAUAAACAGCUUUUUGGCAUGGAAAAUUAUCAAUAAAAGUUUUCUGAAUUUCA